AUGGCGUCUACCGCUGACAGGGACCCCAACAUGGCCGGCGGCGCAGACCCGGAGCCGGAGCCGGGGCUGCCCUCACCACCCCAGAGUGUUUUGUUGCAGGGUGUUUCGGAAGCGGAGCGGGCGCGGUGCCGGGAAGCCCUGCAGGACAUCCUGGACCGUGUUUACCAGCCACUGGCAGUGCAGGAGCUGCUCGUCCUGCAAGGUCCGCCCAAGCAGAGUGCUCCAUGUCCCCGGGCAGGCCUGGGGCCAGCUCCAGCCUGGCUGCGGUGGCUCUGUGGGCGCCUGCUCUCUGAGAGGCUGCUGAGGCCCAACGGGGUGCAGGCCGUGGUUCGAGGUGUCUUGGAGGGCACAGGAGGUGGUGCUGGCGCUGAAGCAGCAGCUCUAGACUGGAGGAAAUGUGACGCAGUUGCAAAGAUCCUGGCUUCCUGCCCACAGCAGUGCCUCUCCCUUGAGGACUACUACAGACAGGUGUGCCCCCAGAUUCUGGACUUGCUGCACAUCCAGGACAAAGUGGCAGCACGGCAGUUCCAGCGUGUGGCCACCACCACGGUGCUCACCAUGGCCAGGGAGCACCCACAGCUGGCAGAGAGGCACGUGCUCCAACCACUGCUGUCCCCGCUCCUGCGGUGCUCUGAGGCAGCAGAGCUGGCAGUGGAGGAUUUGGCAGCAGGGACCAUGCUGGUGCCAGAGGCAGAGCUGGGUAGCUGCGUGGAAGAUGUGCUCAAGGUGUAUGUGGUUGGGAAUGACAGCUCGAGCCUGCUGCUGGGAUCCUUACAGUCAGUCCUGGGAGUGGUUUUUUCCCUCUAUUCCUUCGCCAAGCAGAAUGUGUCAUACUUACGCUCCCUGUGCCAGGAGAUCCUGCUGUGGUUCCUGGAGAAGGCGGAGCGGGAGCGGUCGCUGGCUGUGCUGGAAGGCCUGGCCGGGCUGGGCAGCACCGUGCCCACCCUCCACCCGUGGUGCCGGGUCUGUGCAGGCAGCGAGGGCGGUGCUGCCAUCGCAGUGGAGGACACCAUCAGUGAUGAAGAUGAGGCCCUGUACCAGAAGAUCUCCUCAGAGCAGUGCCAUGUGCAGAGCUUGGUGGAGCUUCUGUCCCACUGCCAGAAGAGUGGGCUGACCGGAGACUUCUUCAUCCACUGCCUGAAGGAGCUGACUCAGGUGGCUGCAGAGGACGAGGUGGCUCCAAACCUGACUGUGGAGCCUGGAGGGAGUUUGCUGGAGCUGGAGCAGGAUCAGACCAGGCAGGAGAGGAAGCUGCUGGUCCUGCAGCUCGUGGCUGCGCUGUGUGAGAGCGUCUCGGACACCGUGUUCACUGACAUUGUGCAGGUGCAGGAGUUCGUGGCAGCCGUGCUGCAGCGGGCCUGUGUCAGCCCAGCGCGGGGCCCCGGCGCGGCGGCCGAGCAGCAGACACCUUCUUAAUGUGCCAUGGGGCUGUGGCUUGCCUGCUUGGAGGGCUGUCUCUAGCUCCAAUCCAGCGACUUCUCUGUGCUGAAGCGGCUGGUGCCACUGCUGGAGGAGCUGUCCCACACCUACCCCGAGCCCCUCACCCAGGAGUUGGCCUUGGACCUGCGCAUCGCCAUCUGCACCCACGGGGCCUGUGCCCCCGGCACAGUGGGCGCCGCUGCUGACAGUGUGCUGGGGAGGAAGCCUGGGAUGGGAGUGCAAAGCCCUGCUGGCGUUCCCAGUGGAGCCCCCAGCCCAGGGGGCAGCCAGGCCCCGCUGCAGCACAGACACAGCAGCCCCUCAGCUCGUGGAGAGAAGAGCACAGAGCAGAGCACAGGCCACGAGCCCAGUGCCACCGAUCCCACUCCAGCCCCGUGUGCCAAGAGCCCGGCCCCAGCUGGGCUCCAGGAGCUGCUGGUGUCAGCCUACGACCCCCAGCCCCCCGCCCGCGCUGCUGCCCUGCGCCACCUCGCCAGCCUGGUCACCCAGCGGGAUCCAGAGGCACUUCGGCUUCAGGAGAAGUUGCUGCAGGUGUUCCUGGAGAAUGUGCAGCACGAGGACGCCUUUGUCUACCUCUCAGCCAUCCAAGGUGUUGCCCUGCUCUCCAGUGAGUACCCAGAGCGGAUCCUGCCCAUCCUGCUGGCACGUUAUGAAUGCCCAGUGCAGGGCACCGAGGACACUGUGGCCACUGUCACCAGGAUGAAGCUGGGCGAGGUGCUGAUGCGCGUCACCCGGGCGCUGGGGGACAUGGUCUUCCAGCACCGGGAGCCGCUGAUCCGGGCCUUCCUGCGGGGUGCCCGGGACCCUGACGGAGCACUGCGGGCCAGCAGCCUCUCCAACCUGGGCGAGCUCUGCCAGCGCCUUGGCUUUCAGCUGGGAUCUAUUGUCCAGGAGGUCACCUGCUGUGUGACGGCCAUAGCCCAGACGGACCCUGAGGCCGAGGUGCGAAGAGCUGCCGUGCACGUGGUGGUUCUGCUGCUGCGGGGGCUGAGCGAGAAGGUCACCGAGGUGCUGCGGGACGUGCUGCUGGACCUGUACCGCCUGCUGAAGCACGUGGUGACGGCCGAGCGCGACGGCGCCACAGUGCUGCACGCACAGCUGGCACUGGAGGAGCUGGACACCGUCAUGAGGAGGGUCCUGUUCCCCCCACAGACGCUGGAGAAGAAGAUUGUUGUGCUGCCGUAGCAGGGCUGAGCCUGUGGAAAUGAACUGUUCUGCUCUGACAUCAGGGCCAAUGGCUCCCAGAACGGAAGGACUCGCUGUGCCCCCGGGAUGCUGCCGGCAGGUGCCGGAUGGGGUGGGGAACCUCGCUGGGACGAGGUGUGGGAUUAAACAGAGACACACUCA